AUGAGUAAUUCAUCUCUAUAAUCCUCAUCAUCACUUCCUUAAAUUAAAAAUAAGUUGCAUGUGGGAGAGAACCUCAUGUAUUAAAUACACAAAAAAGCCUUGCAGGAAUAUCUAAAAAGUGGCAAUAUCGAUCAAAGGAUUGUUUCAAUGAAUUUACUAAAUGUAAGUUAAUUGAACAAUGAAGAACUUGAUGUACUGCAAAAAUCUCUAAGUGCCAAAAACUAAAAAUUAGAAGGUGAUGCAGGCAAGAUAUUGUCCAAAUUUAGACCAAAAGUUAAAUCUAAUGGAUUACCACUCUAUUUCAAAAAACCCGAUUAUUCACACGAAGAUCAAGAACUCAAUUAAUUGGAAGAUCAUCUCAAAAUCGUGCUCAAAUCUAAAUUGAAUACCUGCAAAGUCUUUAAUGGGACCUAUCUUGUAGAUCCAUCCAUAUCAGAUCUUUAAAGGACCAAUUAAAAAUCUAAAUAACCCUAAUAAUAAUUUAUUUACUUUCCUGCCAUUAAGCGAUAACCAAGUUAAGCUAAUUUAAGGGAUGGCUAAUAAAUUAAUUAAAAAGUAGUCAAUUAAAGAUUGCAUGACUCUGAAUUAACUUUGUAAGAAUUAAGGGAAAGAUAUAAGGAAUCAAAACUAAGUGACUUCUAAAAGUAUUUUUUUUAAUUGAUUGAUGAGGGGGAUCUUGGGGAACUGCAAUCUUUAUUCAAACAAAAGGAAAUAACUCAAAACAUUCUGAACAGUCCAAAUCAUAAAGGGUACUACCCUAUUCAUUUAGCCAUCAAAUAUAAGAAUCCACUAUUAUUUAAGUUGUUUUAAUAAAAUGGAGCUGAUAUGGGUGUGUUAACUAGGAAGAAGAAAUCAAUAUAAUAAUUAUUAGAAAUAUAUUAUAAUGAUGAAAUCUACGAGUUAAUUAAUGGUAAAAAGAAAGGGAAAUUAUAAUUAUGA